UCAGCUGAAAUGAGAUUCAGAAUUUUAAUAACAAUAGUUGUUUUCUUCAGUCCUGGAAACUCUUCCAGAAUUUUAGGAUUUUUUCCUAUUCCUUCUUUGAGUCAUCAGAGAAUUUUUCAGUCUAUUUGGAAAGAACUCAGUUUACGUGGCCACGAUGUGACAGUUAUAUCACCGAAUGUGCUGAAUGAGCCCGAUUUGAAUAAAUUAAAAGAAAUAGACGUCGGAUUCGUCUACAAAAUGAUGGAGGAAUGGAAUGUAGCCAAGAAAAUCAGCUUAGAAAAUCAUCAAAUGAGAUCCAUCAUGAAUAUUUACACAUUUUUUCAAGAAGUUAUGGACAUCGAGCUCGAACAGAAAGAAGUAAAAUCUAUAACUAAUAAUAAGACUGAAUAUUACGAUGUGAUUCUUGUUCAAUUCAGUCAUAUAUAUCCUUUAGUGCAUGGCAUUGCCUCAAAAUUUGAGAGCCCCCUUAUUGGAAUAUCUUCUAUGGAUUUGUACCUUCAUGCCCAUGAUGCGGUAGGAAAUCCAACCCAUCCACUGGUAGCUCCAGAUAUCAUGCUCAAUCUCCACGGAAAAUUGGGUUUCUUCGAUAAGAUAUCUAGCGUACUCCACAACAUACUAUACAGAAUUCUAUAUUACUGGUACGCCCUUCCAAUGGCAGACAAGGUAGCCAGGAAACAUUUUGGGGAGAAUAUUCCUUACUUGGGAGACGUGGAAAAGAAUAUGAGCCUUGUUCUGACAACAGUCAAUCCAAUCAUUCAUCCUAUCAGGCCUAACGUUCCAAAUAUGAUUGAGAUUAACCAGAUUCACAUCAGAGAAAAGAAGCCACUACCAAAG